AUGGAGGAAGCAAACCAGACUGGGACGAUUCACUUCCACUUCCGCCCCUUCUCCAGACUCCCUGAGGUCCAGAUGCUCAUUUUUGUGACCUUCCUCAUCAUGUACCUGUUCAGCAUCAGCGGCAACUUCUCCAUCUCUCUCAUCAUCUGGUUCAACCGCUGUCUCCACACCCCCAUGUACUUCUUCCUGGCCAACCUGGCGGUGUUGGAGAUCUGCUACUCUUCCACCAUCGCCCCUCUGACCCUGGCCAGUAUCCUGUCUGUGGAGAGAAACCUCAUCUCCCUGCCUGGCUGUGGCACCCAGAUGUUCUUCUUCAUCUUCCUGGGCAGCACUGACUGCAUCCUGCUGGCCGUCAUGGCCUACGACCGCUUUGUGGCCAUCUGCCACCCUCUGCACUACACCCUCAUGAUGAGCUGGCGGCUAUGUGUCCAGCUGUCCCUGGGGUCUCUGGUGCUGGGCUUUAUCUUGGCCUUGCAGCUGACUGUGCUCAUCUUCCGACUCCCCUUCUGCAGCAGCAAAGAAAUCAGCCUGUUCUACUGUGACGUCCUCCCUGUCAUGAGGCUGGCCUGCGCGGACACCCGCCUGCACGAGGCUGCUCUGUUUGUAGUCAGCGUCAUCGUCCUCACCAUCCCCUUCCUGCUCAUCACGCUCUCCUACGUCUUCAUCGUCACUGCCAUCUUGAAGAUGCGCUCUGCAGAGGGCAGGCGCAAGGCCUUCUCCACCUGCUCGUCUCACCUGACGGUGGUCCUGCUCCAGUAUGGCUGCGGAAGCCUCAUCUACCUGUGUCCCAGCUCCAACUACUCUCCAGACAGAGGUCAGGUGGUGUCUGUGGUGUACACGUUCAUCACCCCCGUGCUGAACCCCUUGAUCUACAGCAUGAGGAACAGAGAGCUGAAGGAUGCCAUGAAGAGAACGAUGAUGCAGUUCUUGGUGGCCAAGUCCCCUUGA